AUGGCUCCGCGAAAGGACACGCCGUUCCGCUCGGCGGAAAUGAGCAUGGUCCAGCUCUACGUCUCCAACGAAAUCGGUCGGGAGGUUGUGACUGCGCUCGGAGAGCUUGGCCUGUGCCAGUUUCGCGAUCUCAAUGAGGACGUCAGCGCCUUCCAGCGAACCUUUACUCAGGAGAUUCGACGACUUGAUAAUGUCGAGCGGCAGCUACGCUACUUUUACGCUCAGAUGGAGAAGGCGGGCAUUCCCCUGCGGAAGCUGGAUCUUGACGCCGAGAAGCUUGCGUCUCCAUCGACGUCAGAGAUCGACGAGCUUGCUGAGCGGGCUCAGAAGCUUGAGCAGCGCAUUUCCGCCCUCAACGACAGCUACGAGACGUUGAAGAAGCGCGAAGGUGAUCUCACCGAGUGGCGCUGGGUUCUGCGGGAGGCUGGCAGCUUUUUCGACCGUGCCCACGGCAACGUCGAUGAAAUCCGCGCGUCGACCGACAAUGACGAUGCGCCUCUCCUGUCUGACAUCGAGCAGCACAACACCGCGCCAGACGUUGAGCGCUCGUUCUCCGGCAUGAACAUUGGCUUUGUUGCCGGUGUCAUCAAUAGGGACCGUGUCGCCGCCUUCGAGCGUAUCCUCUGGAGAACUCUCCGAGGAAACCUGUACAUGAACCAGUCGGAGAUCCCGGAGCCCUUGAUUGACCCGACCAACAACGAAGCUAUCCAGAAGAACGUCUUUGUCAUCUUCGCCCACGGCAAGGAAAUUCUCAGCAAGAUCCGCAAGAUCUCCGAGUCUAUGGGUGCCGAUGUCUACAACGUCGACGAGAACAGCGAUCUUCGCCGCGACCAGAUUCACGAGGUCAACAACCGUCUGGAGGAUGUGCAAAACGUCUUGCGCAACACCCAGGCCACUCUCGAGGCUGAGCUCAACCAAAUCUCCCAGUCUCUGGCUCCCUGGACAGUACUCAUCGCCAAGGAGAAGGCUGUCUACAGCACGCUCAACCUUCUCUCGUAUGAUUCGGCUCGCCGAACGCUCAUCGCCGAGGCAUGGUGCCCCACCAACGACAUGCCUCUCAUCCGCUCCACGCUGCAAGAUGUCACCAACCGAGCUGGCUUGUCCGUCCCAUCCAUCGUCAACGAGAUUAUUACCAACAAGAAGCCCCCGACCUACCUCAAGACCAACAAGUUUACCGAGGGUUUCCAGACCAUUGUCAACGCAUAUGGCACGGCCACAUACCAAGAAGUCAACCCUGCUCUGCCCGUCAUCGUCACCUUCCCAUUCCUGUUUGCCGUCAUGUUUGGUGACUUGGGUCACGCCGUCAUCAUGCUUUCUGCCGCCUUGGCCAUGAUCUACUGGGAGAAGUCGCUGAAGAAGGUGUCCUUUGAACUGUUUGCCAUGAUUUUCUACGGACGAUACAUUGCUCUCGUCAUGGCUGUGUUCUCCGUCUUCACAGGUCUCAUGUACAACGAUAUCUUCUCCAAGUCCAUGACUCUCUGGGGUAGUGCAUGGGAGUAUGAGCGUCCCGAACACUGGUCCGAGGGCACACCCGUCAUUGCUACCUUGAACGACAACGGCUAUCGCUAUCCGUUCGGCCUCGACUGGGCCUGGCACGGUACCGAAAACAACCUCCUGUUCACCAACAGUUACAAGAUGAAGAUGAGUAUCAUCCUCGGUUGGGCUCACAUGACAUACUCGCUGUGCUUCUCGUACAUCAAUGCCAGACACUUCAAGAAGCCCAUUGACAUCUGGGGCAACUUCAUCCCCGGCAUGAUCUUUUUCCAAUCCAUCUUUGGCUAUCUCGUCGUUUGCAUUAUCUACAAGUGGUCGGUUGAUUGGAAUGCUGUUGGCAAGGCUCCUCCCGGCUUGCUGAACAUGCUGAUCUACAUGUUCCUGCAACCCGGAAAGCUGGAUGAGCGCUUGUACGCUGGACAAGAGUAUGUCCAGAGCAUCUUGCUUCUGCUGGCCUUUGUUCAAGUGCCCAUCCUGCUUUUCCUCAAGCCCUUCUACCUUCGCUGGGAGAACAACAAGACCCGCGCCAGGGGCUACCGAGGCCUUGGCGAGACCUCUCGAGUUAGUGCCUUGGACGGCGAUGACGAGAACGAGGCCCUGAACAUUGAUGAUGAUGAUGAGCAUGAGGAGUUUGAGUUUAGCGAGGUCAUGAUUCAUCAAAUCAUUCACACCAUUGAAUUCUGCUUGAACUGCGUUUCUCACACCGCGUCCUACCUGCGUCUCUGGGCGUUGUCGCUUGCUCACCAGCAGCUUAGCGUUGUGCUUUGGGACAUGACCAUCGGUCCCUGCCUCGCUACUGGCGGCGUGCUUGGUGUUAUCAUGAUUGUCAUUGGCUUUUACUUGUGGUUCUUCCUUACAAUUGCCAUUUUGGUUUGCAUGGAGGGCACAAGUGCCAUGUUGCACUCUCUCCGAUUGGCGUGGGUCGAGUCCUUCUCCAAGUUUGCAGAGUUCAACGGUUGGCCGUUUGCGCCCUUUUCUUUCAACACUCUGAUAGAAGAGUCGGAAGAGUUAAAGAACUACCUGGAAUAA